CCGUAUCGAUGCGAAAUAUGUAAAUAUAGCACAACAACGAAGGGCAAUUUGAGCAUCCACAUGCAAAGUGACAAACAUUUACAUGCGAUCCAGGAGAUGCCAUCACCUGUCGCUGGUGGCGGGCUUUCGCUCUCUGGGGAUGAUCUGAAUACGGAAAAUCUACUUCAGUGCAUGAUUUGCUCCACAUAUUCAACUGAUAGUGCAAACGAAAUGCUCGAACAUAUCGAAAAAGAUCGAAGUCAUCCGGUGAUUGGAGACAUUUCGGUGAUCCAUGGUCUAUAUCAGUGCAAUCUGUGCCCAUACAGUACAAGCUUGAAAGCCAACUUUCAACUACAUACGAGAACCGACAAGCAUGUACAACGAGUACAAAUG